GUGAGUCGUUACAGACCUAUUAUUCAUUCUAAAUGAAUAAACUUAAUUACUGUUUCUGUUCUUUAUUCAGACUGUGCUCCUGUAGCUUAACAAAGAACAGUUGUGAUUCUCUGGCCUCAGCUCUGAAGUCCAGACCUUUUUUUCUUCAAGAACUAGACCUGAGUCAAAAUCAGCUACAAGAUAUUGGGAUCAUGUUGCUCUCUGAUGGACUGAAGAGUCCUCGCUGCAGACUGAAAACUCUGAGGUUGAGAUCUUGUCUGCUCUCAGACUCUGGCUGUAUCGGUCUGGUCUCAGCUCUGGAGUCUCAGCUCCCUCAUCUCAUGGAGGUGGACCUCAGUGGAAAUGAGCUGCAGGAGAGAGGAAAGAGAGUCCUGCUUGGACUUGUGAAACUUCCAGGCUGUAGAAUAAGGUCUCUAAGAGUGGGAGACGGACAGGACUUGGUUAAACGUGUUCGUGCAGGAUGGCUGACUUUUGGUGCCAAACUACGCAAAACAUCUGGAACGGAUGAGACAGAGUCGUUGAAGCUGCAGGGACCAUCAGAUAUCAGCACCACAGACCGAGUGAAGAAGGGACACAUGUUGCCUCGAACUGUUACUAUACGGCGGGGGUCUGGUUCUGAUGCCAAACUACGCAGAAAAUCUGAAGCAGAUAAGAAAACAUUGAUGGAGGCUGACUCAUAUUCAUAUUUUCCAUUCAUGACGUUUGGAACACGGGCCCUACCCAGAUUCCCUGCACUCUUGAAUACACCUACUUAUCCAGCUAUACCUGACUCAUUAGAUCUCUCACUGGAUCCAAACAGAACAAAAUCACAGCUUGAUUCUACUGCGGACCAGGGACACAAAAUAAAUACCCACACACUCUUUUCACCUGAACUCUUCAAUGAACGUGAACAUACGUCAUACAGAUUUAGGAGCUGGUCUGCAGGUGUGUUCCAGUGUAAAUUGACCAGACUGGUGUUUAAGAUGACUCGGGCUGGUGAGCUGAUGUACUGGAUCAUCCAGUGGGACGAGGACCUCCUCAACUCAGCUGGAAAGACCCCUGCAGGUCCACUCUUUAGCAUAAGUUGUUCUGAGGGUUCUGUUUCUCAGCUGCACCUCCCACACUGUGGAAAUCUACCUGGUCUCUCCGUGGUCCACAUUAGUAAUGAUGGGAUGAGCAUCCUUCAGCCCCUGGAGAUCACAGCCUCUCACGUGGUUGUGGAUGUACCUCACUUAUCUGCCUUUGGCUUGGUGUGGGAUAUCAUCAAACGCCUUCUAAACAUCCAGAUACAAAUAUGUGGACAAGUGCUGUUGUUCCACCGACCGCCGUACAAGAAUCAAAGCCAAAAGCUCAACGUGUUUCUGCUGCCAGAAAAUGUGCCACUGCAGGAGGUGAAAUGCCAGCAGAAGAUGGCGGAGUACAUCGAGGCGACUUCCUUUUGUCUGCUAACUACAGGCCAGUUUUAUAGUCUUCUCUGUCCUGAGGCCCACACGAUACAGCCUGAGCGAGCUCUGUUUGACCUGAAGUAUGGACCAAACUACCACCCAACAUUUGAUAUUCGAAUGACUCCGAACACAAAGGAAGUUACUGUGAGAGUCCGAGACCAAGAGGAGAGACAUGUCUGGGCGUAUCGUGCUGAACUACCUGGCCAGACAAUCCACACUAUAACCAGUGACUCAGCCUAUUCACUCCAUGGACGAGUAACAGAUGCAGAUGUACAAGCAGCUCCAGCCUUCAGUCUCCUGUCAGCCCAACCUCCAUCCACUGAGCCAGGAUCAUCGUCUCUGGUCACAAGUGACAGAAGAGGUGGAAGGUCCUCCUCAGCUCCAGGCCCAUCCAGCCAGUUAAUCCACACUAUAACCAGUGACUCAGCCUCAUCAAUGCAUGGACUAGUAACAGAUGGAGAUGUACAAGCAGCUCCAGCCUUCAGUCUCUUGUCAGCCCAACCUCCAUCCACUGAGCCGGGAUCAUCGUCUCUGGUCACAAGUGACAGAAGAGGUGAGCAACACUGUUAG